AUGAAAGCUAACCUUGAAUCUGUAAAGCUGCGUGAUGAUCUGCAGUUCGCCAUCAUGAAGGCGGAGCAGCUUACUGUUCUCGAUCCCAAAGCCUCUGCAGGAUCAAAAAAGAAUCCGAUGGACAUCAAGUCGUUGGUGGAUGUAUUCACCGUGUUCGGUUUUUCAGCAGAUGACAUCAUUGACAAGCAUGAUCAAUGCACAAUUUUCAAAAAGAUCCGUGCAGAACUGGAUGACCUGCUCCGCGAUCUGUCCCUGAAUACCAAAAAAUACGACAAAGCUAUCGUACUGCGCGACCGAUUGCGUCUUAUCAAGCGUGAAUUCGUAGAAAUGCAGGGAACCUAUGAAGGACGCCGUCAGGAGAAGGAAACACAGCACUUCAAUCGGGGCGUUGUACUCGCUAAGCAGCGUAGCGAUAUCCUAUGCGCAGCCCGUGCUGAAAAUUACGAACGUGAGAUCUUACACCGCCAGAAGGAACUGAAAAAGACACACGAAGUAGAGCGAGCACAACUCGAAACGUACCUGAACAAGUUGCAGGAGCCCCAUGUCAAAUUUUCCAGCCUAUUGCUCGAGUUGAAAAAUACCGAGAAGAAUUUGGCGAAAUUGAAGCUGUUUGAAGACGCAAAAAACGUAUUCGUCCGAGUAGACAGCAUGGAACGCGAGGAGCGUGUGCUUAAUACCGCUAAAUUCGAGAGAUUCAAGGAGAACAAGCGUGCUCUGCUGCUACAAAAGCAGCAACAGGAGUUGGCGGAGGCGGAAGAAAAACUAACCGAGAAGCGCUACGUGGUCCAAAGAGCAAAUGACAACCAUCGAAAGACGGAACUGCAACGGAUGAAAAACCUGAAAGCGGACAUGAAGCACGCACACACGAUGGAUAUGCACAGUAAAAAGAUUUUCUCGACAAAUGCAGUAGCUGCGGUGCGGAAGUCUCAUAAUGCAACAUCCAGCACGUAUCGAGGUCAGCAGCUUCUGAGCACGGUUCAGGGCAAACGUCUCGAAGUUGCUAGUCUCUGCCUGCUUCACGACAGUGAAAAUGGCGUUGUGCCACCUGGAUCGGUAUGUGAAGAUUGGUGUCGAGUGGUAAUUUCUAACUCGAUAUCAUACUAA